UCCAAUGGGGGAGACAACACGCAAACCAGUAUAUACAAAGGAAGAUAUAUAAGAUAAAGUGAAAAUAACAGAAGGAAAGCGCUGGAAUUAAGAGAGGUUGGAAAAGGUUUCCCAUAAAAGAUGAAAUUUUAGUUGGCACUUCCCAGGAAAGUCAACAGGAGGAGUUAAGGGAGGCGGGAAGAAGGCCUUUGUCGAAUCACAGCAUCCCUAUGCCUGCAGCCAGCUUCCCUUCCCCCAGCUCAGCUGUUCUGCCAACUUCCAGGAACUAUAGAGUCAUAAUUCUCUGCUCCGGAAGAGAGACGAGACCUGCCCCAGCUCUGCCUGACGGAGGGAGUGGGGACAAAACCAGAAAUCCUACCCUGGGAAGCCUCUGCAAAGCCACCAUGCUGUCCAACACAAAAAUCCUGCUAGGUGCGGGUGCCGUGGGUGGAGCGACCGUGGCUCUAGUUGCAUUCCCUAUGGUCCUGGGAGCUGUGGGCUUCACCAAGGCUGGCAUUGCUGCUGGCUCCAUGGCAGCAAAGAUGAUGUCAGGAGCAGCCAUAGCCAAUGGCGGAGGGAUUGCUUCGGGCAGCCUGGUAGCUGUGCUGCAGUCUGUGGGGGCUGGUGGCCUGUCGACAAUGGCAAGCACCGCUCUGGGUUCUGCAGGUUCAGUCCUCGGAAGUGCCCUUGCAUACUGGAGCAGCAAAUAAUGACUCACUGUCCCCUCCUGGUCCCGCUGACUCUACAGGAGGAUGACAUGAAGAAAAUAUCCCAACCAGAUGCAUAGGACCCAACUUGUCCAAGAGCAGGGAGAGAGCUCUGAGAAAUAAAGGCCUGGCUUGAUCUUCUGUCUCCUUAAA